UUAAAAAUGGCGUCUUUUCCACCGCUCCCACAGAUAGUGGGACAGUAUGGACCAAUUUAUGAAGCAUACUACAGACAGGCUGAUCCAAAUAACACAGGGAGUGUUGGAGCGCUGGAUGCUGCCAAUUUCAUGAAAAAAUCUGGAGUGAAGGAUAAUGUGCUUUCACAGAUCUGGGACAUGUCAGACCCCACUGGGAAGGGCUACCUGGAGAAGCAGGGGUUCUUUGUUGCCCUCAAGCUAAUCUCCCUGGUGCAGAGUGGACAGGAGCUAAACAUUGCCAAAAUCACAUCAGAGACUCCACAGCCAAAUCUGGGCCCUGUAGAGAUAGUACCAGAAGGGGAUGCAGGUAUUGCACCAGGACAGUGGCUGGUUGGGGCGAAUGAAAAGAGCAAAUAUGAUCAGGUGUUUGACAGUCUACAGCCAGUCAACAAUCUCCUGGCAGGGGACAGAGUCAGGCCGGUUCUGAUGAACUCCAAGCUACCUGUGGACAUUCUCGGGAGGAUCUGGGAGCUGAGUGACAUUGACAAGGAUGGAUACUUGGAUAGGGACGAGUUUGCUCUGGCAAUGCAUCUGGUCCACAAGGGUAUGGCUAAGGAAGCAAUCCCAAUGACACUGACCCCAGGACUCAUACCCCCCUCAAAGAGGAAGGGGCACCUCCCCCCUGGGGCUGUAUCCGUCCUGCCUGGUGGCAGGAAUACACCCACUCUUAGAUCGGACUCACCGGCACUCAGGGGUCAUGGCCAGGUGCCUUGGGUGGUUACCCCAGCAGACAAGGUAUCGUACGAGGCAAUGUUCCGCAAGGCAGACCUCGAUAUGGACGGCUAUGUGUCUGGACAGGAGAUUAGGGAUAUAUUUCUACAGAGUGGCCUGCCUAACAAUAUCUUAGCUCAUAUAUGGAACCUAAGUGACAUGAAGGGUAUCGGCAAACUAACACUGGAUCAGUUUUGCCUGGCCAUGUACCUUGUGCAACAGAAGAUAAAGGGGAUUGACCCGCCCCCUCAGUUGACCCCUGAAUUGGUCCCUCCCUCACUCCGCCCCGGGGCAGCCCCUGACACAGCCACAUUUGGAAUUGCUGAUGGUGUCACCAGUGCUGGUCCAUAUGGUCAUGUCGCAGACUUUUCAGCCAUCAAAGAGCUGGACACCAUACAGAAAGAGAUAGACGACAUCAAAAAGGAGAAGUUAAAACUUGAGGCUGAGCAACAACAGCAGCAGGCGGACAUCCGGUUAUGCCAGGUGGAAGUCCAGCGUCUGGAGAAGGAGUUGAACAAUGUGACUGGUACACUGCAUCAGCUAGAGGCACAGAAAAUAGAUGCACAGAAGGUCCUUGAUGAGCUUGAAGAAAAGAAAAUGGAUCUGGAGACAACAGUUCGGGAAAUCAAACAAAAAUGCGAAGAUGAACAAAAACAGAUCAAUAGCUUGAACAGCCAAAUAGAAAACCAACAGAAAUCGGCUUUGGAACAAGAUGAGGAGUUGAACAAGCUUCGUAUUGAGCUACAGAAGCUGCGUGAGGAGGAAAAUACAUUGGAACAGAAAGUGGAAGCCGGGAAAACCCAGCUAGAACAGUUGUCAAAGUCACAGAAAGAUGUGAUCUUACAAGUUAAUCAGACAAAGACCAGGGUACAGCACCUUCAAGACCAGCAGCGAGCAAUACAGCAAGGCCUGACAGAGUUCGCUGCCCCUGGUGCCGAUUUGAGUGCUGGUCUCGGUCUUUCCUCGAACCUCUCUUCAGCUACAUUUGAGGAUAUGGGCAGCACAAGGGCAACACAAGGCAGCCCUGUGAGCACUAUCAGCGAUUUUAGUAUGGGCUCGGCAUUUGAAGAAGACCCUUUCAAGAAUAAGGACCCUUUCUCCGGUGGGGGCUCACAGGCAGACCCGUUUGGGGCUGAAGAUCCCUUUAAAAGUGAUCCAUUUAAAUCCGAUGGUUUUUCAUCAGAUCCGUUUGCAUCCGAUGACCCAUUUAAAGAAGCUUUCCCAUCGACUAGCACUAAUAAUAAGGAGGACCCAUUUGCUAGUUCAGAUCCAUUUGGAAGUGGGUCGUUUUCUUCAUCUAGUUCUAAUAAACAGUCAGAUGCGUUUGAUCCAUUUGGUACAUCCUCGUCUCCUGCUCCCAAUAAACAGACCAAUAGUGGAGAUUUAUUUGGUAGUGAUCCCUUUGUUCCCACCCCUGCUAGCAAGGGCCGCACUGAAUCCCCGCGGCCUGCGCUGCCCCCUAAACAAAAGAAGGCUCCGCCCCCACGACCUGCACCUCCAAAGAAGUCACCAGCAUCUAGCCCCUCAAAGCCCAGCAGGCCGGACCCUUUUGGGGCCACCUUCCCGAAUGAUCCCUUCGGGGCCUCAGACCCGUUCUCAGGAUCGGUGAGUGGCGGUGGCGGGGAUGCUUUUGCUAACUUUGCCGACUUUAGCCCCAGUAAGACAUCCAGUGCAUUUAGUGAUGAAGAGCCUGGAUGGGCCUUUACAUCAUCGACACCAUCAUCAACAUCAAAAUCAACAUCAGCCAGUAAAAAGACAAAAUCUCCCAGCUCAAAAUCGAGCCAGCGUAAAAAGCCACUGACGAGAGCAGAACAAGAGGAAGCCGAUUUUCAAUACGCAUUAAAGCUUAGUCGGGGUGAAAUCGAUGACAGCAACGCAUGAUGAAAGUGAUUUAAGCUUUAUAUCUUAAAAAAAAUUACUAAAAAUUACUAGUUACUGCACCAACGACCCUAAUUAUUGAAAUUAUACACGAGUGCUUCAGAGCAAUUGCAUAAUUUUAAUAAUGUGGAUAGUCAGUGAUGUAGCUGUGUUUUGUACCAUGUUGUCAAAGACAAUGUUCAAUAACUAGCAUGCAGUAUAAGCUAAUAGCAUUGUUAUUUGUCUGCACACUAGUUAUUGAACGGUUGAGCUCCGCCUACUUGUUAUUGUUCUGAUAUGAGAGUAAAUGUAUAGACAAAAGGUAAUACUCUCCAAACAUGGUUCAAAAUGUUUAUAAUGAAUUUAUUGUUAUAAAUUGAUAUUUUUUAUUUGUUAUGAAUGUUAUCUGCAUGAUAAAUGAAUUGUAUUUACUAUGAAACAUUGAUAUAUACAUACUCGAUAUUUAUAUAAAUUAUAUGUUAGGUUGAAAAACAGUUACUGGUUGAAGGCAUUCCUUUUAAUAUAUUUAUUGAUUAAGGGACUUGUUCAUGCUUUAUCGGGUCAGACAUCAUUUUUUUUAUUUCGUGUAAAAUGUGAACAAAAUGCUUGUAGCAAUGAUAAAACAAGUACAUAAGUUCAAACUUGCUCUGUUUAUAAUAAUUAUGGGAAAGUCACAGUGACAGAAGAAUUGCUGUAUUUUGACGCUUUUUAGGCUUGGAUUUCAAAUUAGUUUCUGGCAGUUGCUGUGUGGUCUUUUGUUGAUGAAAGUUAUUAAAAUAACUCAAUUGAACAACAUGCAAAAAUCAAAAUGUUUCCAAAAAAUCUGUGAAAAUCAGUCCCUUUAAGGCAUGUAGUGUCAUUAAAGUUUUAUCUUAAAAUGAAUUUAUGAUAUUUUUAUUUGAGUAAUUCCAUUCUGCAUCAGCUUAUUGUAAAUUUCAUGUUAAUCUCAAAGAGGAGUUUUGAUGAAGAUCUAAAAUAUUGUUGAAAGGGGCAUUCUGUCAGAUUGUUAAAAAAGGUAAAAUUAAAGAGAUUUCUUCAUUUUUUAACACCCAAUGGUCUGAUUGUUCAGAAUUUUGUUAAAGUUAAUAUUGUAUUAAUAAAUAUUUUUGUUAACUUUUAAACAUGAAACAUUUGAUGUACUAAACAUAUUUAAAUAUAAACAAGUACAGCUGAAACAGUUGGCUCAAAUGUUGUUAGAAAUAAAGCAGAUCACAAGUGUAUCCAUUAGCGUUAUUGAUGUGAAAGUUAACAACUACGGCUUUAACGAUUUUGUUAACUUUAACAGAGUUCUUAACAAUUGUCUCAUUGUUUUAUUUAUUCACAUGUUGUUGUCACUUCAUACUCAGUACUUGAUAAAAGUUUAGAAAUAUUUCCUUGAAAUUAUUUCCAGUUUGAAACCCAUCUGGCAUAAGUCUUACUGGCAGAGUGCUCUUUAAUAGGUACUCGCACACGUUUUUGUAUAAUGCAUUUUUUUUUUGUAUGAAGAAAUAAAGUGUGCCAAAUCAUGAGGAGUGUGAAAACUAAGAUACCAAAAUCUAGAACCCUUCAGCAAAUGUUGAUAUUUACGCAAAUUUCCUUUACAGACCACAAUUUUCAUUAGCGUUAAUAAUGCUAAUGGUCACUUAAUUACAGUUUUGUUGUUUCAUGAUUGGAUGAUUAAAAGUAUCAUGUGUUGUUAUCAAUGUUUUGUUAAAAGUUAAAAAUAUCCAUCUCUUUUGUAUAAAUCCUAGUGGCCUAGUGGUAAAGACAUCAGUUAUAUUUUUUUCUUGACUUUAUCCUCACUAAAACCAAUACUUUUUUUAUACUAUAAUUGUAUUUUCUUCUGCAAUUAUGACAUGAAAGAGUAAAAUAAUGAUAAAAUAAGUGUUUUCAGAUGCAUUACCAGAAAACUUAUUUGUGGUUCAAAGAUAUGAGCGAGUACUUUUAUUAUACAUACACACCACUACUUCACUUACCUACUGGCCCUGAUAUCUCGAAACUUCUUAAGCUUAGCAGUUUUAAGUAGCUUAUUUUGUUUAGCAAAAUCUCUUACUUUAACUCAAUUUUGAUUAAUAAAACUUGGGUUUUCGUGAUUAAAUCAGACAGAUAACUUCAAAAAACAGUCACAAGCAGUAAAAAAAACUUCCAAGAAAGUAAAUAUUUCACAAAUUAUAAAAGAACAAAAUAGUGAGCUUAGCUUAAUUAUGUAAAAUAGAUUUUAGUAGUUUGGAGAAAUCAGCACCAGAUCUCUGGUCAAACUAUUUCAUUUAUAUCGAGGCUUUACGCAAGUGUUGUAAGUAGUAGUUACGCUGAUUUACAUUUGUUAACUGGUAAAGUGUUACCUAAGCCAUGUUGUGCCAACACAUUUCUCAUUCCAUUCUGUGUUGUAUAAGGUUUACGUUUUAACAAACUCAUUAUAUUGGCCUAUGGGACCAUCUUAUCACUGAGUAUUAAUAGCUGACUGUACAUAAAUACGCAGUUGGGUAAUGAAAUUUUGACAGGUCCCCCGAAUUUGAAAUAAAAACAGAAGGGGGGUAGGGGAUGAAAGGGUUAAUAUGCUGUACAUCAUUGAUCUGCAUAAUCCCAAAUUGGCCCUAGCUACGUGCAUGGUUGAUAUCUUUUGAAACAAAGACAUAGGCUUGAAAGGAUACUCUGUUUUUUUAAUUUGCCAGUCAAAAUUUGAAUUCGAUUUCUGACACUUUUUUGUCAUACUUUUAAUCGUGACGCAAUCUUGUUAAAAAGAUGACCACUUUGUCAUGACAAACUAUUUUUGAUACCGUAAGUUGGAAGUUGGCCCCUAUGUCGUGUUAUACUCUCGAUGAUAAAGUGGCCCCUUAGGUGAUUUCAUCUUCAAGUUAAUGAGAUGGGCCCAAUGCCCCAAUGUUUUUAAACAUUUUGUGCAAACUAAGAAUGUGUAUAUAUUAAUGUGUGUUAGAUAGGGAUAAAAUGAUGAGCAAAUAUUGUCAAAAAUCUAUCAUUCACAACAAGCUUGCUGAUAACGGACUCCUUGACCUCGGAAUUGAUCAUUAUCUGCAUGUUGCUGUAUUCUCUAAGGAUCAAAAUGUGCAGAAGAACAUUGAUAUCAAUAAAAUUUUGUAUCUAAAAUUUGGUAUCUACAUGCAGCAAAUAGUUUAGAACUUUGAUUAGUUGUCCACAGGUAAUCUUUAAACUAGUUGACUCAUUAAAAUGAAUUGAUUGGUUAGUAGUUAUUAUUGGAUAAAUUUAACCUAUAAAUAAACAUUUCAGAUAGGUUUGACCAACCAAAAAACUUAACCAGCAAUUGGUUAAAGGUAUUUAUCUAAAACCUAAGCCUUAUAAAAAAUAAAUAUAAACUGAACAUUAGACAUUUUUAACUGUAUAAUGUCUUUAUUCAUUGUCAAGUACAGCAGUUUACAUCAGAUUAUUCACAUUUUUAAGCGUUUUUAUAGAUUCUGUCUCCCCCAUUCAUGUGGAGACAUAUAUUGUUUUUGCACUGUCCGUCAGUCCAUCCGUACGUGUCACUUCGUAUCCGCCCAAUAGCUAUAAAUUGCUUGCACCAAGGAACUUUAUACUUGAUAUGCAGAUUGUUCAUGACCAGUAGAUGGCCCCAAAUGAUUUUGAGAUCAGUUGGUCAAAGGUCAAGGUUGCGAUGAUUUUGAGGUUAAUAAACAGUUUCUGCACAAAAAGCGAAGAUCCUUUGGAUCCAGGAACUUCAUACUUGAUAUGCAAGUUAGUCAUGACUAGUAGAUGACCCCUAUUGAUUUUGAGAUCAGUAGGUCAAAGGUCAAGGUUGCGAUGAUUUUGAGGUUAAUAAACAGUUUCUGCACAAAAAGCGAAGAUCCUUUGGAUCCAGGAACUUCAUACUUGAUAUGAAAGUUAGUCAUGACUAGUAGAUGGCCCCUUUUGAUUUUGAGAUCAGUAGGUCAAAGGUCAAGGUUGCGAUGUUUUUGAGGUUAAUAAACAGGUUCUGCACAAAAAGCGAAGAUCCUUUGGAUCCAGGAACUUCAUCCUUGGUAUGCCAGUUGGUCAUGACUAGUAGAUGCCCCUUAUUGUUUUUUGAGAUCAAUAGGUCAAAGGUCAACAUCACAAUGACCUUGAGGUGAAAAAAACAUUUUCCGCUCAAUAACUAACAAAUGCUUUGGCCCAGGAACUUCAUACUUGGUAUAUAGUUGUACAUAAUAAUGACCCCUAUUGAUUUUGAGAUUACUUAUCUUAUAUUUAUAUGCAGUAGAUGUUCACUAUACAGGUGAAUUAGCCAGUCUUCAACGUCACUGUUAGAUCAUCUCCAGUCCAAAAGUACAAAUUUCAUGUCUAUCAUUAUUGAAUAUUAUUUCUCAGGUACGGCCACACAAUGGGGGAGACAAACAGUUUUUUCAAAGAAGCAACCUCUUGUUUUGUUUUUUUUUGAUUAACUAGUCGAUUAUUAAAAAAAUAACAUGUUAGAUUAUUUCAAAUUAUCAGUUAGGAUUUGGGACUGGUUUUCAAUCCCUAGUGUUAGAAAAUGACUGUAAUUGCUAUUCUGAAAAUACCUUGUGCAAUAAUGUUUAGACUUAAUCAAUUGAUGUUUUUAUUCUGUCAGAUAUAAAUGUAUAGUCAACAAAAUAGUGUAUGCUGUAGUCACAUGAUUUUUUGUUUCUUUGAUUUUUUUAACAUUUUAUCAAGAGAUCCCAAUGAAAUGGCUGCAGUGUGUUAUGCUGGACUGGACAUCUACAUAGCCAUAACCAUGCUUAUUGUUUGAUGUCUAUUUGACCUGCUACCUCUUCCUAUUGCUUAUUACAUUGUUAGAAAAAUAUUUAUAACAUGAUUCUGGUUUCAAGUGUAAUACAGCCAUUAAGUAUGACAUUGACCUUAUUUGUAUUAUUAAUUUACUGAAAUGUGAAUAUAAUAUUUUGGCUACAAUGUGCCAUGUGAUAAAAACAAUCUUACAUUCUUUGUCAUUUGGUGCAAUUUUUUUAUAGAAAAGUCAUAAACCUUGCCUAAGGUUUGCUUUAAACUUUUCCUAAACUUAUUCAUUAUUUUUUAGCUCAACUAUUCGAAGAAAAAAGAGAGCUAUACUACUCACCCAAGCGUCAGCGUCGGCGUCACCCCUUGGUUAAGGUUUUGCGUGCAAGCACACAUAGGUUAAUAUCUCAGCAACUACUUGAGGUAUUGCAUUGAGACUUGAUACAAUGGUACUCAACCAUCCAACCUACUCAAUUAACCAAGUUAGAUAACUCUAGUUUGCAUUUAAUGCAAAUAAUUGCCCUUUAAUAUUCGACUCAGAAAUUCUGGGUAAGGUUUUGCAUGUAUGCACACAUAGGUUAAUAUCUCAGCAACUACUGGAUGAAUUGCAUUGAGACUUUAUAAAAUGGUACUCAACCAUCCAACCUACUUAAAUAACCAAGUAAGAUAACUCUAGUUUGCAUUAAAUUCAAAUGAUGGCCCCUUUUUUAUUCAACAUAGAAAUUCUGGUUAAGGUUUUGCAUGUAACCACUUUUAAGUCAAUGCUUCAGCAAAUACAUCAUGUAUUGCAUUGAAACGUUACACACAGGCUCCCAAUCAUUUAACCUUCUUAUUCAAUCAAGUAAGUUAACUCUAUCUUUCAUAAUAUAUAAUUUUUGCCCCUUUAUUAUGCGACUUAGCAAUUCUGGUUAAGGUCUUCCAUGUUAGCACACAUAGGAUAAUAUCUCCGCAACUACUUUAUGUAUUGCAUUGAGACUUUAUACAAUGGUAUUCAACCACCCAACCUAAUUAAAUAAUCAAGUUAGAUAACUGUGUUUUGCAAAUAAUGGCCCUUUAUUAUUCUGGUUAAAAUUUUGCAUGUAACCACAUUUUUGUUAAUAUCUCUGCACAUCAUGUAUUGCAUUGAAAUCUAAUCUAACAGUGAUCUAUGCAUGUUUCGCCAAAACUUUUCAAUCCUUACACUGAAAAGCAGUGGAAUAAUCGAGCGCGCUGUCUCUGUGACAGCUCUUGUUUUACAAAAAAUAGUAUCAUAAUUAGGAUCCUUUAUACAUGUUUUUUUUGAGAAGGUAUUAGACUUGGAACAACUGCUAUUUAUAAUGCCGUCAGGAUACUUUAUUUACAAAGCAAUUGUUAUGUAUUUAUAUUUUGCAUCAACCCAUGUUGUGUCCCCUUAAAGUGUUUUCAGCUAUUAAAUACACAGUUACAAUCUUGUUAUCAGUAAUAAAUAUUUUCCAUAAAUGCAUUAUUUAGUAAGUAGUUAAAGGUUUGUCCCUCAAAAUUUGUGUUUGUUAUACAUGUGUAUAUAUUGAUUUUAAAUACGAGUAUCACUUAGAUAUUUGCCAUUAUUCAGUCAUAAUACCAUACAUGUAGGUACUCGAUCACUAUAUUGUUAUAUUGUUGCUGUAUUGUCCAGUAGUGUAUGUUUAUGAACUUGGCGUGUAAUAAAAUAUUAUUGAAGUC